UGGAUGUGCAGGGCGAAAAGGCUGAGUUAAAAAUAAAAGUUAAAAAUAAAGACCCGUCUAUUAGACUCUUACCACUUCAGGGAAAGUCUGAAGUGCUUCAGAAGUUUCAUAGAGUGGAACUCAAUGGCAGUAAGACGUCUUAUGCUGCGUGCAAAACUUGUGUGACAUGUAUCAAGUAUAUACCCGAGGCAGGGACGAGUGGGCUCAAUAGGCACACAUGUAAGAGCCACAGCGAAAGCCAGCCCCAAAUCGACACAUUUCUGAAGCGCAAGCUGCCUGCCGGGGUGAAGGGCCGAAUAACCGAUAAAAUCGCCCGAAUGUGUUGUCAGGACCUGCGCCCUUUUGCUAUUGUUGAGGGUCAUAGGUUUAAGGCACAAGAGCAUCUCAGAAUUGGAGCGGCAUAUGGCUCUUCAGAAGCCGAGGACCUUCUGCCCUCGGCGAGAACAGUUUCGAGACACAUUGAGGGGGAAUAUGACCGCGUGAAGGCUAUAGUUCUAGAGGAGCUACAACAGUGCAAACAAUAUCAAAACAAGCGUCACAACAACCGGCAAGACCUGCAAGAAAACAUUCAACCAGAACCACCAAAACCUGACCCACCGCCGCGGAUCGUCCAAUUUAGGGCCCAGAUACUGGCCCUGAUGGAGACCCUGAUGGUGAAAACAACCUCGGAAAUUGUUUCCAUAUUCGACCACAUCUACAUGGACACGGAGAGUGAGUUGAUGACUACAAGGAGACAAGUGGAAACCCUCACACAGAGACUGGAGGAGCGCGAUCGGCUGUUAGGGCGACUUUAUGCUGAAAAUGCACAUCAGCGUUAUCCCAGUGACCAAGUGGAGGGACAACAGGAGCUGUUGGAUAACGCACUGUUCCACGGGCAACCUGCUCAACAGAAAACAGAGGCCGUGGAGCUAUCCCUGGAUUGGUCGAUGGUGAAAGUAGAGAACCAAAUAAAUAUCGAACCUGCAGAGCAGCCACAUGAGUACCAGAUGAUGUUGAGCAGCAGUGUGACGGAGGAGCAGCAACAGGAGCAGCAGGAGCAGCCUACUACUGGGGACCAGAAGCCCCACCAGAUGCACCUGCGGGCAAGAAGAGCCUCCACUACCCAUAGAGCAGCAGAACAGCACCAUAGUGAGGAUGAGGAGGAGGAAGAUGAUGAUGAAGAAGACGAAGAGGAGGAGGAGGAGGACAGCAUAGAGCAGGAUCCAGAUUUCUCCCCUCCUUCUCCGGUGUCCGACCAGGCUACCCCGCCCCCGCCUCAGCAGCGUGGCAGACCUCCUGGUCACGGCUGGCCCUCCGGUAGGGAGACCUUCAUCCCCUUUUCACCCCCACAACACAUCACAAGUUCGGCUCAGGUCCUCCAAACACAAGAUGGACCACGUGCAAAAUGUAGAAAAAUAAGGGUGCAUCUUAGAGACUUUCCUACUUGGCAAAUGUUUAAAAUGCAAUGCCUGGAGUCCUCCGGUGCCGGUAACACCAACCCGUCAGGCGCCCGGCCCUCUAUUCGGUUUGACGACCUCCUCAACAGCACCAACGAAGAACUCCUCCUCCGCUACCACACGGCGGCUGCAGCGGCAGGAGAGCAACCGUCCCUGCAGCCUCCGCAGAUGAACCUCCAGACAGCGGCCUCCGCAUGCCCUGCAGAGCUGACCUCCAGGGUGUCCGACUCCUCUGAGCCACCAGCCAUCGCCGUGCAGGAGGAGGCAGGAGCCAGUGCCACUGUUCCGGAACCUCCCCACCAGGCAGCAUCUCCUGUUGUUGCUAGGCGGCGCCGUGGUCGCCCGGCAGGAUGCAAAUCGUCGUCGUCAAGGAGAAGUCUUCCGCUCAGGAGCUGCGCAGCCACAUCGAGCAGCACCAAGAGCAGCAGACCUCAGGACACUUCUGAGAACAGCAGAGCUCAGUACACUUCUGAACUGGAUACUAGUCUCUCAAUUGUGGACACAAACGCUCAGGACACCUCUGAGGAACUGGAUACGAGUUUUUCAAUUGUGGACACGAGAUCCUUACAGCGCAAACAAGACGCCUCUCAGGAACUGGAUAAUAGCGUCUCAAUUGUGGACGCGAGAUCCUUACAGCGCAAACAAGACGCCUCUGUGGCAGAGGAGGAGGCUCCAAUUGAUUUGCUGUCGUCUGAAGGUGGGAUUAUUGAAAGCGGCUCGUCUGACAUGAAAUCCAAAGCCGAUGAAAGGACAGAUGACUGGGGCGAGGAUGAGAUAUCGACAAGAAGUUCUGAACUGACGAGUGAGGUGAUUCCCAGGAAAAGGCGAAGAGUGAUGGAACCAGAGUGCAACCAUGAUGUAAACGGUGCCCUACAUGCAGUUGAACAAAUUCUCAAGAAAAGAACUGUUGAAGAUGGUCAGGAGGAGGUGAGGGUGAAAUGGCUGCCCUGUUCUUCAUGUGGUGCGAAAUGGAAGAACUCCUGGGAGCCUGCAUAGUGGAGCACAUGAUGCCCAGCCGAUGGCAGUGGUGCUAUUCAGUGAUUCUGAUGCUGUAUUUUAUGUUACAAGAUUUCUGCUGAUAUUUUUUACGUUACACAAUUCACUAUUUAGUAGAUUUAAGACUACCAGAACAUUUUAAAAAAUAAUUUAGAAUUCCCUUAAUGAUGUGUUCUCACUGAUUAUGCGAUUGUGGAGGCAGUUUUGGUAAAGAACAAUCAAUUGUGGCUUUGCACAAUGUCCAAGGCUAUAUGGGAAUAAUUCCAGUUCAGACAUUGCAGAAGUUCAUUGUAACAAUGCAACGCAAAAUGUGGCAUGAUCAGAAGCUAAAGGCAUCCCAACAACAUAUUAGUGAGCAACCUUUUUUUUUUUUUUUUUGUACUGUGAUUUCUUUUUUUGGCCAGGCUGUGUACUUGCUGACAUCAAAUCCCCUCUUUAUAUUCACCUUCAUGCCUGAAGUUCAGGUCUUGAGAAUAAAUAUCGUUUCAGUGCCUACGUGCAUGUGCAUUAACCUUUGAUUGUUUGACUGUUUUUUUGUUUGUUUUUCAAAUACUGUAUUUUAUACUGUGAAAACAUACACAAAUGUAAUAAAACCAACAAAUUCCUU